CGAAUAGAACAAGUCAGCUUUGUUUUCCCCACCACCAAGUGGCAAUGUUUCUCUUCUUCCAGCCGGCCUUUCCCAAUGGCCUGCCUUAUAUCAACCCCAACCCCAUCUAGUCUCCUUCCUAAUUUCUUUCCCUUCAUGGGUUUUUCCUUUCCCCCAAAACCCACCAAGAAAAUCACCGGGAAAAUCCUCGGAAACAACAGCAAUUUAGCAGCCCAUCUGGGUGUCCAGGGUUUUUGAAUAUCCCUCGAAUGGACAGGCUGAUCAGCUUGGAGCCUUCUAGCCUCGUUGCCAUAAGAAUCGAACCAGGCCAGAAGUGUUCCGGCGAGCUCACUCUCCGCAAUGUUAUGUACACCAUGCCGGUGGCUUUCCGGAUCCAGCCCAUUAACCGGAGCCGAUAUAAUAUCCGGCCACAAUCCGGAAUCAUAGCCCCCCUUACAGCCAUCUCUGUGGAAAUCACUUAUCAUCUUCCGGCGGAUGCGAAUCUUCCAGAUUCGUUUCCUUACUGCGACGACGCUUUCCAGCUGCACAGCGUGGUGGUCCCCGGCGCGGCGAUCAAGGAUGCGGCGUCGAGUUUUGAUUCGGUUCCGAGCGAUUGGUUUACCACCAAGAAGAAGCAGGUUUUUAUAGAUAGUGGGAUUAGAGUUAUGUUUGUUGGCUCGCCGGUGCUGGCUCGGCUGGUAGCCAGCGGGGCGAUGGACGAGGUUAGAGAAGUUUUGGAAAAGAGUGACCCGGCUUGGAAGGCCGCCGACUCGGUUGACCCGGAUGGGAAUUCGUUGCUCCACUUGGCGAUUUCUCGGAGCCGGCCGGAUCUUUUGCAGCUGUUAUUGGAGUUUGAGCCGAAUGUGGAGGCUGAAUGCCGGUCAGGGUGUAGCCCGCUGGAGGAGGCGGCGGCGGCUGGGGAGGCUUUGAUCGCGGAGCUCUUGUUGGCUCACAAAGCGGGAACCGGGAGGUCCGAAUCCUCCGCCUGGGGCCCGAUCCAUCUGGCGGCGGGCGGUGGGCAUUUGGAGGUAUUGCGGCUGCUUUUGCUGAAAGGUGCCGCCGUGGAUUCACUGACUAAGGACGGCAACACAGCGCUGCACCUCGCCGUGGAGAAGCGGCGGCGGGACUGCGCCAGGCUGCUGCUGGCCAACGGCGCGAAAGCAGACAGAAACAACUCCGACGGCGACACGCCGCUGCACAUUGCCGCCGGCCUCGGGGAUGAACAAAUGGUCAAACUCUUGCUGCAGAAAGGCGCCAACAAAGACAUUCGAAACCGGCAGGGAAAGACGGCUUACGACGUCGCCGCGGAGCACGGGCACUCUAAGCUCUUCGACGCGCUGAAGCUCGGUGACAGCUUAUGCAUAGCAGCCCGAAAGGGGGAGCUGAGGAAGAUCCACCGGCUGCUGGAGAGCGGAGCCGCCAUCAAUGGGAGAGAUCAACACGGUUGGACGGCGCUGCACCGAGCAGCGUUCAAGGGCCGAGUAGAAGCCGUCCGAGCUCUGGUCGAAAGAGGCGUGGAUGUUGAUGCUCGAGACGAAGACGGCUACUCGGCGCUCCACUGCGCUGUGGAAGCAGGCCACGCCGACGUCGCCGAGCUGCUGGUGAAAAAGGGCGCCGACGUGGAAGCGAGAACCAACAAGGGCAUGAACCCGACCCAGAUAGCCGAGUCGCUGCAUUAUUCUGGAAUCACCAGAAUUCUCAUCCAUGGUGGAGCAGCCAGAGACGGAAUAAUUACUGGUAAAGCAUUAUUUGAGGACAAAUUUAAGAGCAAAGAGUCGAGGGAGAAGGGGGAGAUGAAGAAGCAGCUUAUUAAUCGUCGGGGAAGAGAGCUUCGGAGCAGCUUCGACCGGUCGUCGUCGCCGUUGGCGGUGCUGUAGCGAGCUAGCUGCUAGGAGGAGACUUGGGCUUUUACAAGAUGAAGCGAAGAUUGAAUUCUUUGUUAGCUGAAUUUUCUGCAAGUUAUAUAUAUAUAUAUAGAUCUUAUCUUAUCAUCAUCUGUUCGUUCCGCUAAUUAAAACUCAAAACAGCAUUCUGUACUUCUCGAUUCGGAGUGUGUAGGAAGUUGUUGGUAGCUCCACUCCUCCAUCUCUUUCUCCUAUCAUUUUGUAAGAUACAUACAUUAUCAAUAAAACUGUAUCUGAAGAAUGAA